AUCGUAUAUCGUGUUAAUAAUUAUUAUUAUGAAUAAAUUUCGUUCCCCGGUGUUUCCCCGGUGUUUCCCCGGUGUUUCCCCGGGUCGAAUUAGCUAUGGCUAUUCGAUGCACUGUGUGUGCGUUUAAUAUUAGGAUUUUAGGAUUUAUUAUUAUUAAUUGAAUGCAGCAUCAAUGUAUGUGGUGCUGCAAAUCAAUUAAUAAUAAUGAAAUACCCAAUAUUUUGAAAGCUCCGCGCGCGGGCGCCCGCGCCGAGCGCCCACGAAGCGCCCGGCCCGCGUUCGCCCGCGCGUUCGCCAGUGCGUCGAUCCGCACGGGCUGCCGUGCGCGGUCCAGGCGCGGUGCAAUUUGUGCUUGGUGAGCAGGGGCGACGCUCCAGUGGGCCCUGCGGGACCAGAUGCCCCGCCCUCGCCCUUGCCGCGCCGUCUACGCCCACUGGGCGCUCAGCGGCGCGCCAGCUGUUUUUUCUUGGUUUCCAAACCAAGAAAUUCCUCGCGCCCGCCGUGAGAUGCGGAAAGGAGAGGCCAUCCGAUUGUCGUGGUGCAGUGCAACAGCUCCCUUCUUUAACCUACGGCUGGAACUGCCAGAGCAAACGGGAGAUGGGAGACCUCCCGCGUGAGAAAACGACGCGUAAAUUGAAGACGUCGCUGCCCUCGGUGCUCUACAGGUAGGUCGACGCGUUCACCUGCGACGUCUCAAUGCAUAUUUGAAACACUUUGUCCAUCCGCACCGCGCGCUUUCA